AUGUCUCGGUCUAGUCAUCAAGUAACUAGUUUGGUUGGCGUUAUUAAUUUUACGGGUACACUUGUCGUCAUUGCUUCGGUUUCAAACGCAGAUCACUUUGCCAUGGCUUAUACUUAUUUUAUUUUACGCUAUUUACCUUUACAUGCAUUCCAUAUUAUCUUCAGCUGUACUAGGGACGUGCUCAUAGUCAAUCCAAUCGAGCCAAAUUCUCGACAAAAAUAUUUACCUUUUAAUUCUACGCAAUUACGGCGUCGCAGGCGACACAGAGAACUGCGUCUGAAACGUCGAUUCCACUCAGCAGACGUCAUACAUCGUCCGCGCUCCCCUUUCCAUAAAAGAAAUAAAUUCACUUGUCCAAAUGCGAAGGGUUCUUCAGAUUCUACACGAUCUCAAUAUAUCAGUCACUCAGUCGAUGGUCGUCAGAGCCAUCCAAUUUUACCGGCUAUUGGAAACAAAGAAAUCAAAUUCGCUUUUACUGCCGACAGCGAGGGGGACAAUGAAUCGGCGGCUCCGGUAGACAUAGGAUCUGAGCGUUUUGCUUCAGCAGAUACUUAUACUCAACCAAAUUCAUCCAUCCUAAUUUCUCGCAGAGAAAUUCGCCUCAAACCGGAUAGAAGUGGGCGUGCUCGCUCAGCUUCGGGCUGGACUAGAUCCAACCGCGACUCGAAUAAU